AUGCGUACAACCCUCAAUCUUCAAUUCCUCGCCGUGCUUGCCCUUGCUCUGGGUCUUUUCGGACAACCUAUUACGGAACUCAACUCACCGUCAACCACGAAUAGCCAUCUCGCCGUCUCCGGCCCAAACUUUGCGGCACCCGAACCGGAGGUCGAUGCGUUGAUUGUUUCCCUUCUUCGAAUCGGCGCCAAUGUCAUUGCUCUCGAUAAGACCAUUUCCACGCUUCAACUCCACGAAGACAGCGUCUCGCUUAUGCAGGCCCAAAUGGAGGCCAUCAACCGCUCCAUCGAGGACAUGAACGCUCAAGCGCUCGCUCUCGACUAUCUCGACCCGGUGCAGAGCAAGCGUGUGACAAGUAAUACUGUCAUCCUGAAACCGACGUACACCCAUCUACUGAAGGUCAUUGCGGAACAGAAAGGAGCGAUAUGGGUGCUACAGUUUGGCAAGCCGAUGCAUGACUGGCUGGGCGACUUUCGAACCCUGUUACUGGUGGGAAACGUGGUUCUCAACGCCAUUCUCACCAUCCCCGAUGGGGCGCUGAUUGAGGCAGCGUGGGCACUUCAGGAUCGGGAGUUUCCCCCCGUUCAGGCGCUCUUUCAUGGUCCUUAUCCGGAACUAUAG